ACAGUUCACAGUUUACAAUGAGCGAGCACUGCGAGACUGACUCUAACGCAAGGAGUUUUACCAUGAACGAUGACGCUGAACUGUAUCGGAACAGUAGCAGUAUGCAAAGGCGAGACGCUUUGAAUUCUUUAACUGAAUAUUUACCUAAAUUUAAAUGGAAGGAAAGUAAAGAGAAGAUUUUAGACAUCGGUUGUGCUGACGGAAGUGUCACUAAUAUCAUUAGCUCAUGCUGUCCCACGGACUUUGAACUUUUUGAAGCGUGCGACGUGAACGUUAAAUCUGUUAAAUAUGCUACGGAGCAUUACGGAACCAGUAAGAUGAGGUUCAGAGUCAUGGAUAUAGAGGGUGACCUACCGAAGGAGAUGGAAAGAAAGUUUGAUCACGUCUUUUCAUUUUACACGCUGCAUUGGAUCGAGAAUCAAGAGAAAGCCUUUCAAAACAUUUACGAUCUCACGGCAGAUGACGGUGAGUGCUUCCUAACCUUGCUGGCUCAAAUGCCUGUCUUCAACUUAUUUGAUGCUCUCAAACACACUGAUAAAUGGCGACAUUGGCUCAGAUACAUCAAAAACUUCAUCUCCCCAUACUAUGAGACUUCGGAUCCAGAUGUGGUGAUAGAGUUACUACUUAAGAGAGUGGGUUUUCGUUACGUGGACGUGCGCUGUCGACAAAAGAAAUUUGAAUUUUACGACAUAAAAUCAUUUCGAAAUCUACUAGAGGCGGUGAGUCCCUUCAAAGUAGGACAAGAGUUGCAGGAAGAAUUAAUCGAUGACGUCAUGGAAGUCGCAAAAGAAAUGAGAAUUAUAGACACACAAAACAGCACAGCCAAACUUAUAUAUAACCUAGUUGUUAUACAUUGUCGAAAAUAAUAUAAUACAAUAUUUUAAUGUACCUAAAAGAAGACCGAAUUCAACAAAAUAAAAUUAGAAUAUAACUAACUUAACUAAGCCACCAUUUCAAAGCACCAGCUACAAGAAAAAAAGAGUCAUCAAAACCGGUUCACACAGAAAAAGAGUACGAGAUAACACGCGCAUGCAACGGUAGGCAGCGGCUUGGCUCUGCCCCUAGCAUUGCUGACGUCCAUGAG